CGGCCCGGCCCGGCCCGGCCCCCGGGGCUCUGAGGCGGGGGGGGGGUCACCGCCCCGUGGCCCGGCUCUGAGGCGCCACCAGCCGCCAGCCCUUCCCGCGAGCGGAACCACGGGGCCAAGGGCAGAAAGGGGGGCGGGGCACCAGUAACACCGGCGAAGCACGUACCCGCCCCUGGAGCCGGGGCCGAAGCUCCAGCGCUUGGCCCGUUGCGGUGACUGGCGAGCGCGCCGCACGCGUGCACCUCCCCCCCCCCCCAGCCGGCUGCCCGCGCUGGGAGCUGCGGGCUCCCUGUAAAGCCUCUUUGCGUCGCUCUGAACGUCCAGCGAAGAUGGAGAGGAGCAUCUGGGCGCCUGUUGUGCAGUGUUGAGCUGACUCUUUCCUGGCAUGUGCCAGGCAACAAACGUCUCUUUGUGGUGUGGGGUUACAUGGCUGAGAAGUGUCUGCCAUUCACACAGGAAUCUCCAUAACUGCACAGAGUGACUCCUCUACAGGAAAGAGAGCAGCAGCAUUUGAAGUGUUUGUACUGAGAGUGAGCCUGGAGCAUUGUUCUUCCUUCACAACUCCCUUCCCCACCAGCUAAGAUUCUAAAAUCUUCUAGAGGAGACACACCUACCUCAAGAACUAAAAGGAUCCUAUCCUCACCUUAUCACUCAGCCUUUCUAUCAGAGGGAACCUAUUCCCAACCAAUCAGCUCACAGAACUUGGGGUGAGUCAUGUGAUGUUUGCCCUCCAACAAUCACUGUACCAGAACUCCAUGGAUUCCAAAGCAACAGGAGGCUCAGCAGCCUUUGAUAUCUCCCAGCUUCCUGCCUUAUUGUGACAUUCCUUCUGGGUCCUUUAUUUUCACCCUUCUGAAGUGUAUGGUGAAAGGGCUGCAUCGGGAACAUUGCUGAGGGAGUGGCUUGCAAACGAGAGAGGGCCAUGGGCUUGAGCUCUGUCAUCCUUCACCUCUCCUACAAAUUCAGGCUGCUGCUGCUUUUCAUCUUGUGCAUGAUGGUGGUGGCAUGGGCCACCUCCAGUUACCUUGUGGACACUGUACAGGAGACUCCCAAAGCAAAGAGCUUGGUGGGGAAUUUCAGGAAGGCAACCAUGCUGGAGAAGGGGAAUCAGAAAAAGAAGGCCAUGACAACUGUAGAAGUUCACACAGUGAAGUCCACCAUGAGUCACUGCCCUGCUCUCUCUCCCUACCUGCAGGGCCCCAGCAAGCUCAAGUUCAACGCAUCUCUCACAUUGGAAGAGGUUCAGAAGGAGAACCCUCAGGUUGCAAAAGGCCAGCAUCGCCCUGCUGAGUGCUCAGCACUGCAACGAGUGGCCAUCCUGAUCCCACACCGCAAUCGAGAGAAGCACCUGUUAUACCUGCUGGAGCACCUCCACCCAUUCCUACAGAGACAGCAACUGGACUAUGGUAUCUAUGUCAUCCACCAGGCUGGCAAUACCAAGUUUAACCGAGCUAAACUGCUGAAUGUAGGAUACCUGGAGGCCCUGAAGGAGGAAAACUGGGACUGUUUCAUUUUCCAUGAUGUGGACCUGGUGCCAGAGAAUGACUUAAACAUGUACACGUGUGAAAAACAACCAAAGCACCUUGUAGUUGGCAGGAACAACACUGGGUACAGGUUGCGUUACCAGGGAUAUUUUGGGGGAGUAACUGCUCUAACAAGGGAUCAGUUUUCCAAGGUGAAUGGAUUCUCUAACAAUUACUGGGGCUGGGGUGGAGAAGAUGACGACCUCCGAAUCAGGGUUGAGAUGCAGAAGAUGAGGGUGAUGCGGCCAUCCCUUGAUGUAGGAAAGUAUACGAUGAUCUUCCACACAAGAGACAGAGGCAAUGAGGUGAAUGGAGAAAGGAUGAAACUCUUGCAGCAGGUGUCCCGAGUGUGGAAAACAGAUGGGCUGAACUCCUGUUCCUAUAAACUGCUCUCGGUGGAGCACAACCCUUUGUACAUUAAUGUCACAGUGGAUUUCAGCAUGCCACCGAAGAUCUCGUAACAGUGUUUCCUGUAGAUUCUAGGAGACGGGAAUAGAUCUUCCACUUGCGGUAGCUGCUGCAGUGCCUGGAAAGGCAGUGUUCUGCCGGAAGGGGUCCCCCAGCAGCACAGAGACAGUGCAGAGGAAAUAGCUUCUUUCAUCCUUUCUAAUUAUUUGGUUACGAAUUUUGUUUUGUGGCAGCGCUGUGCGUUAAGCAGGGGACCUGGACUGACUGAAUGGAUAUGUCGCCGUGCCUGUUAGUUUGUUUUCACUGGGAUAUUUAGUCUACUUGUUCGGACUGUUGGCUUUUUAUUGGCCUUGUUGGGAACUUGAACUACACCCACUGAAAGGCUUCAGCUCCAGUAGCUGUUUCCAAACCUUCUACAAUUAGAGAGCAGGACACAGGAGCCAACACUGCCGUGUUUUCAAAAGGAGCGAGACGGUGUUAUCAUACAAAGCGCAAGAAUAUUUCAUAGCCGAAAGUCUUGUUUAGAAAGGCUGAUUUGAUCUCAGCCUGGUUGAGCGAGGAAAGGGAGAGGGAAGUAAGCUGCAGCCACAUUGAAGAGAGUUUAAAAACUCUCAAUAAAAUACAACCCAUUUCACUCCAAAGGAUUCCCUUGUCCUUCAUCAGUUCAAUUCAGUACCUAGUGGGAGUACUCAAGAGUCCUGUGGAUAUAUGAAAGGCUCACUUAUUUCUGCAGCAAGACUGUAAUACAGACACUAGCAUGGUUAUCACCUUUCUACUGUGCCAGUCUGGGCUGGGCAUUGAGGGAAUACACACAAAUAAGUCAUGUGUAAAAUGGAUUGAGACUACCCCCCGUUUCUUGCUUCCGAGACACUGUUAGCCUGGUGCUCAGUGUGGCAUAAAUACCCAGCAAGGUAAUGACUUGACUUUUUGUAGUUCUCGCUUUAAAAAAAAAAAAAGGGGUUGAUUUGUGGAUAAACUGGUUAGCAGUUGCGGUAAAUUGCAAGUUUUCCCACUGCAAAUGCAUGGGAGUGUUGUAAGCCCCUUCUCUACAGCAGCAGACAACACUGUGUUGGUGCUUGAUGGGUAGAUGUUGGUUGCAAUCAAUAAAUGUAAGAUCAUAGUCUUCUCAAGAAGAAAAAGCUUUGAUUCUGAUGUUUGUUAUAUUAUUUCCUCCAGGAAGCAGUAAUUGAUUACCUAGAAACUUAAAUGUUAAAAACCCUGCUCAUGGUAAUGUGAAGUCUAAAGAAUUAUUUCCUGUGGCUAGUUGCUAAGCAUAUUCAUUCUACCCUGCAGAGGAAAGACUCAAGCUGUUACGGCUUACUGAUUUAAGAACAGUGUCCAUCUUGGCCCCUGAGUUUGCCAACUGCAUCCAUUUGCUCUUCAGAUUAGCUCUGAAAUUACUAAUAUUUUGGAAUGUACCAAAAAUUGCUGAGAUUUUAAAACCAGUACCAGUGCCAGAUUUUUCCACUUCCAGUUUUUCCUGUUGUUGCUGAUGGUUAGGCAGGUGGUUUUUUGAAAGGAGAGAGAAUAAACACUCCCACUCCAUCUCCCCUAUGCAAAACUGUCCCAAAAGCAGCCCUUGCUCAAGCCCACCAGGGCUGAACAGGUUGACUGCAUACAGUGAGGUCACAAAGGGGGCAGGUCCUUCCAGACACUGCUUCAAUCUGAAAAGUUAGAUUUUUUUACACUCUUACCUUUUUCAUCAAAUCAAGCAAAUGGGCCAAGUUUUACAUUUCAGUCAUUCUUGCUCUCACUGCAUUGUGUGCCCAGAAUGCUUUUAUAAUGGGAAAAGUGUGGAGGGUUUUCCUAACUUACUCCUCAAAACCCAGGAUUUUACUUGAAGGUGUUUUUGGGUUUGGUUUUGUUUUCUAAUUCUGUCAAAAAGCAAGAGACCGCAUCUUGAGAACUUGAGACAAAAGGUCAAUGUUUGGAAAAUUAAGUGUGCGGCAGUGACAAUUAGAUGUGAUGUAUAAUAGAAAUAGCAGAUGCUUGCUAUCAUUAAUGCUAUAAAAGCUGAGACACUGCUCCACCCUGAACACUUUGAAAAGUAAAUUCCAUCAUAUGCUGCCAUCUGCUGUUUCCCCCUGAACACUGCAGUAAUAAACGUUCCUUAUAGUAAGGAAGCUGCAGCUGUCAAAAGUGUCUGCUUCAUGCAGGGGAGCUCUAUCCCACCCCACAUUCUGUUGUGGCUAUGACACAAGGACUUCCUCAUCCUGGGGCUAGUAGACUUCAGAUGGUGGAGAAUAUGACAUAGUCUGUAGACUCAAUACAAAGCAGCUGCUCUGGAGAAAUGGUGUUUUUAGAACAGACUAAUCUCUAGGGCCACCUAAUGACAAAAGGAAAUUAAACAGUAUUUGCAUUUUGUUUGGUCCUCUUGUCCCCUUACAGAAUGCUACCACCAGUCUAUGCUGAACAGGAAGGCAAAAAAGACUUUGCAAGUGCAGAAGCCAGUAGUCUUUAUUAAUAGUAUUCCUCAGCUGGUUGUGCAUGCCAGAACUUAUGCUCUUUCUAGUAGUUUCUGGAUGCAUUUGAGAAGUUGGUUAGUGAAAAACCCUGUUUUAAUAGGCACAGGACAUAAACUAGAACAGCUUGGUAAGGCAUAGAGAAAGAGCAAAUAGAGAUAGUUGGGACACUGAGGCUUUUAAUCCUAAAGUGUACAGAUUCAGACCCUGCUCGGGGAAAGGAAAUAAAAAAAAAAA